CCCACGCGGCGCAGUCUCCCCUGUUAAUGGCGUUCCCUCAGUGCCCCCACUACCCGGCGGGACGAGCAAUGCGCAGACGCCGCCGGUUCUGGACCGGUGCGGCGGAAUGGAUUAACUUGGCCCGUAGAUGGAGCUCGUUAACCGGCUGCAGACCCGGAGAAACACCGGCCUGGCGCGGCGAGCCCGGGAGCGCAGUCUCGCCCUCCAGCCGGGACACGAGGGGGGCGGAGCGGCCACAUAGCCGGAGCCGGAGCCGGAGCGGCUGCGGAGAGCCGGUGGCAUGGCACACCGCUGUCGGAAGGGCGGCUCGCUGCUGGGCAGCUGUGUGAUUGUGGGCGCUCUCGUCAACCUCCUGUGUCUCAUCUACGUCGCCUGGGUCGGCAAGGCGCAGCCCCCCGCGGCCGAGCGGCCAGCGGGGCAGGAGGAUGGCGAGAGCCGCCGGCUGCAGGACAGGCUGGAGCGGCUGGAGGUCUUGGUCCAGGAGCACCUUAAAGAAUCUCCGGAGGAGCAGGAAGAGAACACGGAUGCCGAGUCUAUCGACAACUCUCCACUCUUCGCCCAGUGGGGAGACAACCUCCCACCCAAGACACGGCUUGUUGCCUGGAGGAAAUUCCAGUACUAUGGCUACAACAGUUACCUCAGCGACCAGCUCCCACUGGACAGGCCCAUCCCCGACUUCAGGCCUGAUGGGUGCAGGAACCUCACCUACCCGAACAACCUCCCCCAGAUCAGCGUGGUCUUCAUCUUUGUGAACGAAGCCUCCUCAGUCAUCCUCCGGUCCAUGCACUCGGUGAUGUCUAAAACGCCAGCCCACCUGCUCAAGGAGAUCGUGCUGAUCGAUGACAACAGCAACAAUGAAGAACUACAGAGAGACCUAGAGGCGUACGUGGAGAGGGUGAAUGGUCGCCGUCCGGGAUUUAUAAAGGUGAUCCGGCAUGGCCGGCAGGAGGGUCUCAUCCGCUCGCGCAUCAGCGGCUGGAAGGCUGCCACGGCACCCGUCGUCGCUCUGUUUGAUGCUCACGUGGAAUUUGGUGAUCAAUGGGCAGAACCGAUCCUCACCCGGAUAAAGGAAGAUCGAAGGCGGGUCAUAUCCCCGUCCUUUGAUAACAUCAAGUAUGACAACUUUGAGCUUCAAGAGUAUUCCCUGUCCGCUCAGGGCUUUGACUGGGGACUGUGGUGUCGCUACGUCAGUCCCUCUAAGGAAUGGUGGGCUUUGGAAAAUGAAAGUGCCCCCAUCAGCAGUCCUUCUCUCAUUGGCUGCUUCGUGGUGGACCGGCGUUACUUUGAGGAGAUUGGACUGCUGGAUGAGGGAAUGGAGGUGUACGGCGGAGAAAACGUGGAGCUGAGUAUCCGGGUCUGGCAGUGUGGAGGCAGCGUUGAGGUCCUCCCGUGCUCCAGGCUCGCCCACAUCGAGAGGGUCCACAAGCCCUAUACCAGGGAUCUUGCCACACACGUCCGCCGGAACGCCCUUCGCGUGGCAGAGGUCUGGAUGGAUGAGUUCAAAGAUCACGUCUACAUGGCUUGGAACAUUCCCAGCGAGGACCCGGGGAUCGACAUUGGAGACAUCUCGGAACGGAAGGCACUGAGGCAGAGGUUACAGUGCAAGAGUUUCAGUUGGUACCUGAACAACAUCUACACACAGAUGAAGAAGUACACGGACACUUUGGCCUAUGGCAUGCUGAGAAAUGCUCUGAAAAGUGACCUGUGCCUGGAUCAGGGGCCAGCCUCCGACAACAUCCCUAUCAUGUACAGCUGUCAUGGAAUGUCUUCACAGGCCAUUUACUACAGAAGCAACCAGCAGAUCCUGGUGGGGGUGCUGAGCCCCACCCUCGACGCUGCAGACAACCGGUGCCUUGUGGAGAUGAAUGGCAGGCCCAGGCUGAUGGAGUGCAGUCACGCUGAAAGCAAACAGAUGAGGUCACACUGGAGUUUCACUCAGGGAGGUGCAGUGCAGAACAGAGUGUCAAAGAAAUGUUUGGAGAUGCAGCAAAGCGGUGACGGUGUCUAUGGCUACCAGCUGUUACUUCAGGAGUGUAGGGGCCAGCGAUGGACGAUCUCGAACGUCCUGAGGAAGACAAAGCUGUCGUGAAACAGGACCGCACCCCCUCAAUGCAGCUUCCUCAAGCACAUAGUCUUUUUGUGUCGUAGGGUUUGCAGGAGAUGGGCCAGGUCUCUUCAAUGGCUGAAGUGACGUGUGUAGACAGCCGUUAAGAUGAAAAGGGUGAAAUAUUUUCCAUGUGUAAAUAGGUACCUAGGUGGUGGGCGCUGCUUGUUAUCCUUGAAACAGAAUGGAGCGAUGUGACACAUUCCCCUGCUUUGAGACGUGAGCGUGUCCUAGCACCAGCUGCAUUCCGUGCAGUUCUGUGAGGCUUCAUUCUGUCUGUCCAAAAGUAGACAUUUUCCAUUGAUUUUGAAGGUCACUGACAUCAAGGUCAUUGUAAAGCCAAGCAGUGUUUGUUAAUAGUGGAUUGGAAAACUUCCUUUUCCUAGAGGGAGGGGCUAGAGGUGAGAGGGGAAAGAUUUAAGAGGACUGAGGGGCAACUUUUUCCACACAGCGUGAAUGAAAUAAGCUGCCAGAGGAAGUGGUGCAGGCAAGUUAAAUUAAGUCCAAAUGUCUUUUAAAUUAACAACACUUACACAGAGAGGAAAGGUUUAGAAGGAUAUGGGCCUAGCGGGGAGCUACGAUGGGCAUUUGGACCAGUUCAGAGAUAAAGAUCAGCUUUAUUUGUCACGUGUACAUCAAAACACACAGUGAAAUGUGUGAUUCGUGUUAAUAACCAACACUGUCCAAGGGUGUGCUGGCCAUAGCCUGUGAGUGUCGCCAUGUUUCUGGUGGCUAACAUAGCACGCCCACAGCUACUAACCCUAACCCGUACGUCUUUGGACUGGGAGGAGACCGCAGCACCGGGAGGAAAUCUACAUGGUCACGGUGCAAACAUGUGAACUCCUUACAGGCAGCGGUGGGAAGUGAAUUCUGAUCUCCCAAACGCUGGCGCUGUAAAUAGGGUCAUGGGGCAAUACAGAAGUACAGCACAGAAACAGACCCUUCAGCCCUUCUAGUCUGUGCUGAAACCCAUUUAAACUGCCCACUCCCAACGACCUGCACCAGACCCUAGGCCUCCAUAUCACUUCUGUCCCGGCUGUGAAGUGCUAGGCUAGCCAUUGUGCUACAAACAGCCAGCUUCUAUGACUCCCUGAUGACAGUCCACAGUAUUUUCUGUUUCCCUACACUUUGCGACUCUGCAACCAAUCCCAGUCUCGAUCACACCCCUCCCAGCCCACCCACACCCACCGCUGCUGCAACCAUUCCCACCUAACCCCCGGCCUCAACACCCACUCCCACGACGUACAAACACAUCCCACACCAUUUCCACUACCAUCUCCUCCCCUCUCCAGACAGCUCUCCCAAUCAACAUCCUCUCCACUCUCCUCAUCCCAAACGCCAACCUAAUCCCUCCUCCACUCCAUCUCCAUAACCACAGAUAAACCCAAAGCAGAUAGUGGGAACAUUGCCAAGACACAGAGGGGUGUAGGGGCCGGAGAGGGUUACAGAUUUAAGGGUUACAAAUUUAACCAAUUUCCCCCGGGAUCAAUAAAGUAUGACUAUGACUAUAGAUACACGAAGGGGUGUCGGGGCCGGAGAGGGUUACA